AGUAUUGGUCAUAUUUUGCUUGCAGGCUUUGUUUUUAAUGCUGUUUUUUUUAUACAUACAUACAUAUUUCAGAAGCAUAUAAAAUAUACAACGGAUUUUAACAAUAAUGUUAUUGACGAAAAAGGGUGCAAGGAGGCAUUUAUAAAUACUUACAUUGCCAUGGAUGUGGAAGAUAUAGUUCAAAAAAUUAAAGCCGGAGUUUAUAAUCUAUCAUGGAAGGAAAGGCGUAAUAGUGCCAUUUGGAGCAUUUUUGCAGAGAUCGAAAAGGAAGACGGAUUCAUUUUGCAAGGUUAUUUAUGCUGUUCCAAGUGCAUGCGUUUAUUAAAAUUUGAUGGGAAGCGAACUUCUAACUUAAACCGACAUAAGUGCUACUCAUCUUUAAAUGAGUCGGCAAGGAUUGAUAAAAUUGAUUUAUCAAAUGAAUGCUUCUCGUCCACUAGUGAUGCCGACCAGAAUUUCGAAGACAGUGAUCCGACUGUGGCGGAAAGUGAAGCUAGUGAAUCGCAGCAUUGUGAGUCACCACCUAAACUCGAUCUCUACGGCGGAACUAUCAACUCAUACAUUAAAUUAGAUAAAGCCGAUGCAUCCUCACCUAAUACAGAAACCAAACCAAAAUGUUGUGAGACAUUUACACGCAUUUCCAAGGAUCCUGAAGUUAUUUUAGAAAAAAUUGCCGGCGGUGACUAUACGCUUUCACAUAAGCGUAAAGGUAAAAGCGAAAUUUGGAACGUUUUUGCAGAAAUUAGAAAAGGUAACGGAUCAUUUGUAAAAGGAUAUGUAUGCUGUCGCAAAUGCAUGCGUUUGUUAAAAUACAAUGGAAGGAAUACUUCUAACUUAAACCGGCAUAAGUGUUAUUCAUCGGCUUUGACGGAACCUCGAAUUCAGUUGAUUAAAAACUCGUCUUCUGGUUGUGAUGGCGAAACGUAUUCGAGAGACUGUGAUCCAAUUGCAUCACACCGUACCGGGCAUACUCCACUUCAUAAAUUGCUGUUCGAUGAUGAAAAUGAUAUUUCAUGUAUGUCGACCAGUACAGAUCAGCAAAAUAAUACGGAAGACAAACAUACUUCGUUUCACAAAGAGCCGGCGCACUCCGCCCUUAAACAACUGGAGUUUUGCGGUACUAGCAGUAAAAGUUCAAAAUUGACGCAAGAUCGUACUACAACACCGGGAAAAUCACAAAAGUAUGCAAAACAACUCGAUAGUUUAUGUGAAAUGAUAAAAGCUGAUUUGCAAGAUCUUCCAGAAGAAUUGUUCUUCAAUGCCAAAUGGAGGAUAAUGGAUGUUUUACGAGAUGUUCAUAGUGCAAAAUUAAAGAGUACGACGACUCAACCAAGCACAAAUUGUGGUGUUGGGGAAGUAACAAGUGAGAGUGGCAUUUAUACAAGUAGUAUUAAGGUAGGUCAAAAACUUAUGACGGCGGGAGAGAUAAAGAUGAAUGAUUGCAGUUUUGAAAUGAAUGACAGUUCAGAAAUCAUUUGGCUAUUACAAAAUUCUUUCUUGUUAAAACACUCGAAAGAUACAUUGAUUGUACUGGUGUUAAUAGCAUUUGGAAUAUUUGCAUAUCGUUUCGUGAAUAAUAAGGUUUCUCAUACAAAUGCAGUCAGUUGUAUAAAAAAUAAGAUAACUAGGUUAGACGGUGAAGAAUAUGUUGGUGCUGAAUUCAAUGAUAUUACCGAAAAAUAUAAAGAGACAAAUGUUGACACUUUGCACAACCACUAUGUACCAGCACUGCAAGUUGAUGAACAUGUGCCAUUUCAUGGUGCCACAGUUACGUUAAGCGGUGGUGCCAAACAACUAUUCGAGUUGGCCAACAAUCGUCGCAGUGUACGUUCUUUCCGCACAACGCCAGUUCCUUCCCUCGAGGUAAUUAUGGAUUGCAUACGCGCUGCUGGUACAGCUCCCAGUGGCGCACAUACUGAACCAUGGACAUUCUGCAUCGUCAAAGAUUUCGACUUGAAACAACGUAUUCGCGAUGUUGUCGAAAGGGAGGAAGAGUUGAAUUAUGCCCAGCGUAUGCAUCGCCAGUGGACGGCUGAUUUGCGUCCCUUGCGCACAACUCAUACGAAGCCUUAUUUAACAGAUGCACCGUAUUUAAUUUUGGUAUUUAAACAAGUAUAUGGUUAUUUGCCAGAUGGUGGCCGUAAGCAACAUUAUUACAAUGAGAUAUCCGUAGCAAUUGCAACUGGGAUUUUGUUGUGUGCCCUACAAGCUGCUGGAUUGAAUAGCUUGAUAACUACACCACUAAAUUGUGGACUCGCAUUACGAACGCUACUGGGUAGGCCUGCAAAUGAAAAGUUGCUGGUAUUAUUGCCCGUGGGCUAUGCUGCUGAAAAUUGUGUUGUACCUGAUUUUAAGCGCAAAAAGCUGGAAGAAAUUAUGCAAUUGUAUUAAAUUUGCAGUUACAUAUCGCUCUUUUGCAUGAAUAACGUCACAUCUGCAAACACAUCUAAGUGGAGAAAAACGUGAACAGUUUGCCUACGCUUCCAUAGUAAAAAUGAAGACAUACAUACAUAUGUACAUAAAGUUACGAACAAAAGUAUUGUCACAGUGAAC